UUCGUGCAGAUCGAGCAUUUGGAGCACUUCCACGGAUUCGUAGGGUUAGUUUGAGGUGCAAUUCUCAUUUGAGGACGCAAGGAAAGGAUGGAAUUGUGAGGGAGGGAGGGACACAAAGCAGUGAUGCAUCGGAGGGUUUCGGCAGGUUGUGCAGAGAUGGUGUUGUGUUGUGAUGCGAUGUGAUGCGACGAAAGUGUGAGAAUUUCAAGGAAAGAGGAAAGAAGAAAGCAUGUCUUACGAUGCUUGGAAGCAGGUGGGCAAGGCCAUGUUGGGGACAUACGCGCUGAUGGGGUUUGCUUGGUGGUGGGAUGAAACGGCUCCGCUUGGUUGGUGGACUUUGAAGCCCCGAACCAAGGAAGAAAGAGAGAUGGCCAACUUGUAUGAACGCAGGGUGUUCCCCUAUCCUGAUGAUAAAGAAGCUGUGAAGGAGUUCAUAGAGAAAGGUGGGGCUUCUGGAACAACUAUAGGAACGAAAUCCGACAGGCAGAGAGCUGGCGAUGAUAGAGUGUCGGAACUCCAGAAGGAGAAAUUCGAAAGAGAAGCUCAAAAACUUUGGUCGCGGAUGCAGCAAGAAGCUCUGCGAGAAUUUCAAGAACAGGGAUUUGAGCCUCAAGUAGCCGAACCCGGAAAGCUGUAGAGUGCACAGAAUAGAAGCCCUCUCAAGUGAUGCGCAGCAAAAAUUACAGUUAAAUUUAAUCGAAGCCCGUCCAUUGAAGUGAGAGCUCAAGGACGAUGGCUCUCAUAGGGGAAACAGAAAACAAUCUUAUGAAAAUUCUUGGUUCUUUUAGUACUCUUGUUAAUCAACAUGCGGUACUACGUGACUCUCGACCAUUCAAUUCGCAUUAAUUGCUUUGCACAAACUGAUUUCAGCUCAA